UCGGCGAGCGGCAGGCGACGGUUUGGCUUGGUGUCCGUGGAAAGUGUGUUAAGUAGCGCUCCGGAGUAAAAGAGACGCGGCUGGUGAGAUUGCGUUCGUGCGAAUUGUGUGUGCUGGUGAACGAAGGGGAGAAAACGCACACACACACACGGACACGUAGAGAAUAAAACAAAUAAACUUGUGAGCCAAGGAGAGUUUUAAUUUUUUGGGCGCGGUUCGAGAGGUGAGAGGGAGCCGGUGCCCGUGUGCCCGGGCUCGGAGUUACGGGCAUCGUGAGCCGGGCAGCUGGACAUUAUGAGCCGAGCUGGGGGAGACUUGAGGCGGCCGUGCACGGUAUGAGCAUCUGACAAGCAACCACUGGACAGAUUGGUAUCUGGACUCGAAUGAAAGUACUAACUUCAGCCUGGAAUAUGGUACUUACUCGUUCGACUGCGCUACCAAUCAUGGUGAUCCUGAGCCACCUGGCACAGUGCAUUCAAGCAGACACUUUGCCAACUUUUACCCGAAUCCCUGUGGAUCAGAUUGGAAUAUCUGGAGGAGUGGCUUCAUUUGUGUGCCAAGCUGCGGCGGAGCCUAAACCACGUAUCACCUGGAUGAAGAAAGGGAAGAAAGUCAGUUCUCAGCGCUUUGAGGUUAUAGAAUUCGAUGAUGGCACUGGGUCAGUGUUAAGAAUUCAACCAUUAAGGGCGCCACGAGAUGAAGCAAUUUAUGAAUGUACAGCUACAAAUAGUAUUGGAGAGAUAACAACAAGUGCCAAGUUAACAGUGCUAUCAGAGGAUCAGCUGCCUCAUGGUUUCCCCACUAUUGACAUGGGCCCUCAGCUGAAAGUAGUGGAACGGACCCGCACAGCUACAAUGCUCUGUGCUGCCAGUGGGAACCCAGAUCCAGAAAUAACAUGGUUCAAGGACUUCCUACCAGUGGACACAAGUAACAGCAAUGGGCGAAUUAAACAGCUCAGAUCAGGUGCCUUGCAAAUUGAGAACAGUGAAGAGUCUGACCAGGGCAAAUAUGAAUGUGUAACAACUAACAGUGCUGGAACACGUUACUCUGCACCAGCCAACUUGUACGUCAGAGUGCGCCGUGUCCCCCCGCGGUUCUCUAUCCCACCCACUAGCCAUGAAGUGAUGCCAGGAGGCAGCGUCAACCUCACUUGUGUAGCUGUGGGGUCACCCAUGCCCUAUGUGAAAUGGGUGAAUGGAGCAGUGGAACUGACACCAGAAGAAGAUAUGCCUGUUGGGCGGAAUGUUCUGGAACUGGUUAAUAUCAAGGAAUCCGGGAGCUACACUUGUGUUGCCAUGUCUUCAUUGGGUGUCAUUGAGGCAACAGCACAAAUAACUGUUAAAGCUUUACCAAAGCCACCAACUAUGGCAAGUGUUACAGAGACAACAGCUACCAGUGUUACACUGACAUGGGAAUCAGGAAAUAUGGAAAUGAUACCAUUCUAUGUGAUUCAGUAUAAACCAAAAUCCUCUGCAGGACCUUUCCAAGAGGUGGAUGGGGUUGCCACUACACGAUAUAGCAUUGGGGGUCUGAGCCCAUACUCAGAAUAUGAAUUUCGAAUUAUUGCAGUAAACAAUAUUGGCAGAGGACCUCCUAGUGAAAUAGUUGAAACCCGGACAGGUGAACAGGCUCCAUCAAGCCCACCUUUGAAAGUUCAGGCACGUAUGCUCAGUGCCAGUACUAUGUUAAUCCAGUGGAAGGAGCCGGAAGAACCCAAUGGGCAGAUUCGGGGUUAUCGGGUCUACUAUACAACUGAACCCAAGUUGUCCCUGAAUAUGUGGAACAAGCAUAACUUGGAUGAUAGUCACCUAACCACCAUCAGUGGCUUAACAACAGGCACCACGUACAGCAUCCAGGUACUGGCAUUCACCUCAAUGGGGAAUGGACCACUAUCUGAUAUAAUACAAGUUAAAACCCAACAAGGAGUUCCUGCUCAGCCUGCUGAGUUCCAAGCUGAGGCAGAGUCUGAUACCAGCAUUGUGCUCUCUUGGGUGUUGCGUCAACAAGAGAAAAUACUCAAAUAUGAACUGAUGUAUUCUGAGGAGAUUGAUGGCAAAGAGGAACAUGUAAUCUUUGACCCUAAAUCUUCAUACACUGUGGAAGGACUGAAGCCAGAUAAAACCUACUACUUCCGUUUAGCAGCUCGCUCAGAGCAUGGUUUAGGAGCAUUCACACAAAUAAUUUCUGCAAAGACUAUGCAAUCCACCCCCUCUGCCCCACCUCAAGAUGUUCAUGGUGUUGCCAUCAGCUCCUCCAGCAUUCGGGUAAGUUGGCGUCCACCGCCAGCAAACAGUCGUAAUGGAGUCAUUACCAAAUACUCCAUUAUAUAUCAGGCUGUGGAUAGUGAGAACAACAAGAAGCAUGUUUUGGACAACAUUGAGGCAGACGCAACCAGCUCGCUAGUUGAGGGUUUGGAGAAGUGGACCGAAUAUCAGGUGUGGGUUAUGGCUCAUACGAACGUUGGUCCGGGUCCGAAGAGUACACCUGUGAUUAUCCGCACAGAGGAGGAUGUGCCUAGUGCACCUCCUAGAAAAGUGGAAGCUGAGUGUGUGAACUCAACUGCAAUCAAAGUCACCUGGAAGCCACCAAUGACUAACAAGCACCAUGGACAUAUCCGUGGAUAUCAAAUAACUUACGUGCGAAUGGAGAAAGGAGAACCACAAGGACAUCCUGUAAUUAAAGAUGUGAUGUUAUCAGAGGAACAGUGGGAGUCUGAGGACACCCAGGAUUAUGAAGCUUCCAUUGGGGGACUGAUGCCUGAAACAACAUAUUCCAUUACAGUAGCGGCAUAUACCAUUCGAGGGGAUGGAGCUCGUAGCAAGCCCAAACUGGUUACUACUUCGGGGGCUGUCCCUGGAAAGCCAGCAAUGGUUAUCAGUGUCACUCAUAUGAACACUGCCCUUAUUCAGUGGCAGCCACCACAAGAGAUGGUGGGUGAACUGCUGGGUUUCCGACUGCAGUACAGCCAUGCUGACGAAGACGAGCCAAUCAUAAUUGACUUGAGUAAAAAUGAUGACCAUCACACAGUUACGAACUUGUACAAGGGGACCACAUACACUUUUCGGUUGUGUGCCAAAAACAAAGCUGGAUUUGGUGAGGAGAUGGUGAAGAGAAUAAUAACACAGGAAGGUGUGCCAAAUGGCUUUCCACAGAAGCUACAUGUUGUGGGACUAACAACAUCCACCACUGAUCUUUCAUGGGACCCACCAUUUAUGCCACAGAGGAAUGGGAAGAUGAUACUCUACACAGUGAUGUACCAUGAUAUUAACAGUAUGCAGGACCUCACCAAUACUACAAAUGAAACUCAAAUAACACUGAGUAACCUGAAACCAGACACUACCUAUGACAUUCGAGUGAGAGCUCACACUUCCAAAGGACCUGGUCCAUAUAGUCCCAGCAUUCAGUCCCGUACAAUGCCAGUUGACCAAGUGUUUGCCAAGAAUUUUCGGGUGAAGGCAGUAAUGAAGACAUCAGUGUUGCUGAGCUGGGAAGUGCCAGAAACAUAUAAGCCAGGAGUGUCUUUCAAGAUCCUGUAUAAUGGCCAAAGUGUAGAAGUGGAUGGACAAUCCAUGCGAAAACUUAUUACAAAGCUUCAGCCUGAUACUGAGUACUCUUUUGUAUUAACCAACCGUGGGAAUAGUGCUGGUGGACUACAGCAGGUGGUAUCGAUCCGUACUGCUCCUAACUUGCUGAAAACGAAGCCAAUUGUGUACACCAAGAACAUCCAGGAUGGCAAGUUACCCAUCAACUUGCCCAAGGUUCAGACCACUGCCAUUAUCAAGUGGUAUUUUAUUGUAGUGGUACCUCUAGAUAAAACUGCACGUUCAGUUGCAGAGAAACUGCAAAAUCCUGAGGAGAUGGAUCUUGAUGAUCUGUUUGACGGGAUAAGCCAGCAACACAGCAUUCGACGUCGACGGCAGUCUGAGAGGCUGAAGCCAUACAUUGCUGCCCAGCUAAAGAAGCUACCAGAUACAUUCACGCUUGGUGAUGAGCAGAGUUAUGGAGGAUUUUACAACAAGCCACUCCCUCCCAACCACAGUUACCUGUGCUUUGUUUUGGCAGCUCUUGAAGAAAAAGAUGCAAUGUACGCUGCCAGUCCCUACUCUGAUAGAAUUCUAGUGGAGGUGAAGCCUUCAAAUACUCCAGAUGAUCCUGAGAUGUUGUGGGUGAUGGGACCAGUGCUUGCCGUUGUGUUAAUCAUCAUCAUUGUCAUUGCCAUUCUUCUGUUCAAAAGGAAACGAGCAAGUUCUCCAUCUGCAAAAGAUGACGUUCCUGGUGGAAAAGACCCACUGUUGGCACACUCUUCAGAUCCUGUGGAAAUGAGACGAUUAAACUACCAAACUCCAGGUCCAAGUGCCCCCAGUUGCCCAAACAACUCAAGCAUGAGAGAUCAUCCACCAAUUCCGAUCACUGAUCUUGCUGACAACAUUGAAAGAUUAAAGGCCAAUGAUAAUUUGAAGUUCUCACAGGAGUAUGAGUCAAUAGAUCCUGGCCAGCAGUUCACAUGGGAGAAUUCCAACAUGGAAGUAAAUAAACCAAAAAAUCGCUAUGCCAACGUUAUUGCCUAUGAUCAUUCAAGAGUUAUUCUCACCUCUGUUGACGGUGUGCCAGGAAGUGAUUAUAUCAAUGCCAAUUAUAUUGAUGGAUACAGAAAACAGAAUGCCUAUAUUGCCACUCAGGGGCCUCUUCCAGAAACACUAAGUGACUUUUGGCGAAUGGUAUGGGAGCAAAGAACCGUCACCAUAGUGAUGAUGACAAGACUGGAAGAAAAAUCAAGGGUGAAAUGUGAUCAGUAUUGGCCUUGUCGAGGGACAGAGACUUAUGGAAUGAUUCAAGUCACCCUUUUGGAUAUAGUGGAGCUAGCCACGUAUUCUGUCAGAACAUUUGCACUUUAUAAGAAUGGUUCAAGUGAGAAGCGAGAAGUGCGACAGUUCCAGUUCAUGGCUUGGCCAGACCAUGGUGUUCCAGAAUACCCUACUCCAAUAUUGGCCUUCUUGAGGAGAGUCAAAGCGUGCAAUCCACCGGAUGCCGGUCCUAUGGUGGUUCACUGCAGUGCUGGGGUGGGUCGAACAGGCUGCUUUGUCGUGAUUGAUGCCAUGCUAGAACGAAUUAAACACGAAAAGACAGUGGAUAUCUAUGGUCAUGUCACCUGCAUGAGAGCACAGCGAAAUUACAUGGUUCAGACAGAAGAUCAGUAUAUCUUCAUUCAUGAGGCCCUCCUUGAGGCAGCAACAUGUGGAAAUACAGAAGUUCCAGCAAGAAGUCUCUUUGCCCACAUACAGAAACUCGGUCAGGUUCCACCAGCAGAGACAGUUACAGCCAUGGAAUUAGAAUUCAAGCGCCUGGCAAACUCCAAAGCACAUACCUCACGAUUUAUCAGUGCCAAUCUCCCUUGUAACAAAUUUAAAAACCGUCUUGUGAACAUCAUGCCAUACGAAUCCACUCGAGUCUGCUUGCAACCAAUCCGAGGAGUUGAGGGCUCUGAUUACAUAAAUGCCAGCUUCAUUGAUGGAUACAGGCAGCAAAAGGCCUACAUUGCCACACAGGGACCUCUGGCAGAGACCACGGAAGAUUUCUGGCGUAUGUUAUGGGAGCACAAUUCCACAAUUGUUGUAAUGCUCACAAAAUUACGAGAAAUGGGUCGAGAAAAGUGCCACCAGUACUGGCCAGCAGAACGUUCUGCCCGGUAUCAAUACUUUGUGGUAGAUCCAAUGGCAGAAUAUAGCAUGCCACAGUAUAUCCUGCGAGAGUUCAAAGUAACAGAUGCCAGGGAUGGACAGUCUCGAACAAUCCGACAGUUCCAUUUCAUUGACUGGCCUGAACAAGGAGUGCCAAAAACCGGAGAAGGAUUCAUUGACUUUAUUGGACAAGUACACAAGACAAAAGAACAAUUUGGACAGGAUGGACCCAUUACAGUGCACUGCAGCGCUGGUGUGGGACGAACUGGAGUAUUCAUUACACUAAGCAUUGUUCUGGAGCGAAUGAGAUACGAAGGUGUUGUGGACAUGUUUCAAACUGUGAAGACCUUACGAACACAGCGGCCUGCCAUGGUUCAGACAGAGGACCAGUACCAGUUAUGUUACCGAGCCGCACUGGAGUACCUUGGAAGCUUUGAUCACUAUGCAACGUAACUUCUAGCACCCAAUCAGAACAUGUGACUUUCAGGACCCAGAAAUGAUUUUUUGAGCCAUAUCAUAUUAAAUCAUUGUUCAGUUAUCCUGUACAGUGAAUUGUCAAAGAUGUAAUCAUAUCAGCAACUCUGAAACUCUCUCAUGAUUCUCGGACUGAUCAAAAACUAAGGUGACUUGCGUUAAUUCCAAAUGAAUGGGAUACUUUUCAAAUUUCAAAUCCAUUCUAUUUUGCAUGAGAUUCCCUUUUUUGAUUAUAAUUUUAGCGCAAGUACAAUGGAUCAAUUUACUUUCGGGUUUUAACUGGGGUGCCAUUUUAUAAAUCUUUUUAUUAAAAUUGGUCAUUUUUUUCUGGCAAAAUUGAAUCCCUUAUGUUGUAAAUGCCUUUUUAUUUUGUAAUCAGUUAAGUUUUUAUAUUCUUUCUGCUGAUUUAAAAGUACCUUAUGUUUGCAACAGAGCUGCCCAUUUUAGUGCAGCUCUGUAUUUAAUCCUGGUGACUGGAAUCUUAACCACUGUUCUGAUUAUAGCUUCUGAUCUCCUACUAGGGAUAGACAAAUCAACCAGAAGUUUAAUCUCUUAUAUGAAAGUGUCUUCUCUUCGGAUAUCGUACAAUACAAAACUAUUAAUAUUGAAUAAAGCAGGAGCCUGGUGCUGUUAGAUGAAUUUAAUAAAAAAAAACAAGGAUACAUUUUGGUUUUGUACAGUUUCUUAAAAUGACCAAUUUGAUCCUUUCCUUGUUUUAAAAAACAAAUAAAAAAAGUUAGAAAAAUACUCAAUACCUAACAUUCUGUUCAAUCUGUUGGAGAUGAAUUUAAACUGGAACUCAACCAACUUGAUGUAAACACUGCAACGCACCUUGGUACAAACCUCCGAUCACCUACCCAGAGAAGAGCUGGGGACAACAACCCUAUUCCUCACCAAGCAGAUCAGUUGGUCUUUGUUUCAUAUUGAUUAUUCUGUGGGAGUCAAGACUGCUGACAAAUAGCUUGAACUUUCUAGUGAGCUAUUAUGGAGGGUCAAUGUUCUGUGAUGGUAUAAUCUUUUGUAAUCUACGGAGCUGAUGCAGUAGGGAGACUGCGUGUGGAAUAGGGAAAGGUGGUAGAUGAAUGCCAAAUAUAAUCAGUCAGAAUGAUAUAGACAGUAACCUGAUUUGAAGGGAUUAAAUUGUUUGGAACAAGCUCAUUUUUACCUUGUGUAUGCAUAGUGCUGUAGGGGUUACUCUGUUGUAUACACAGUCUGUUUUCUAUUUGUUGAUAAAUGAUAUCAUCAUUGGAAGAGUCUUGAUGUUAAUAAAGUUCAGUAAUCGGGUUUUAUACAA